AUGGCAUCGUUAUUACCGUUCACACAGAUUCGUAGCAAUACGGUCAACUUCUUUAUGAGAAGGACAUCUGGUGAGCUAUGGAAAACGAUAACAAGUGUAUCGAAGGCUGGUCAGAAAAAAGGUCGUAUGACUACAAGGCAACCUAUUCGCAACCUGAAUCGAUUCUAUCGAAUAGGAUCUAGUCCAAUGAAAGUACAAUUUCCUGGACUUAACGCCCCUAUCAACACUGUUGAUCCAGACGUAAAAAUUACUGAACAAUCAGAGGAAGAAAUCAAGGAAGGACAGUUAAGUGUGAGGAAGGCGCUGGAGGAACAGAAGAUGGGAGGGAGACGACGAUUCCGGGAGAAAUUGCAUCCGCUUGAGCGUGGCUUCAGUGGUACCCAACUGGUAGGGCAGAAACUUGGUCCACCGCCUCCGGUUGAUGGAGUUUCGUUUGACGAUUUCCAAACCUAUUGCCUGGAGGAACUUUGUUUAUGGUUACCCAUGGGUGUGAAAAGAACAGCAGUUAUGACACGAGUUUUUGGUCGCGUACACACCAUGGCCGCUCUUGUAAUAACAGGCAACGGCAACGGAUUGGCUGGCUAUGCUGUAGGGAAGGCUCCACUUCAUCGAACUACAACAGCCAUCGUAAAUGGAAUGAAUAUGGCGGCAAGGAAGCUAUUUUAUGUUGAACUUCUUGAAGGUCGUACAAUUUAUCAGGACUUCUAUGCGGAAUGCCGUAACACUAGGGUGUUUGCACAACGUCGCCCUCAAGGCUUUGGACUCACAUGCCAUCCAAGGCUAAUCAAAAUUUGUGAGGCGAUUGGUAUAAAAGACAUUUACGUGAAAGUGGAAGGUUCGACAAAAAAUUAUCUUGCGCUGACGCAUGCCUUUGUAACCGGUCUGUUGAAUCAAGAAACUCAUCAGCAAUUGCGAUUGAAUUUGGACGAUUUUUACGGUGAAGGACGCUAUCCAUUGAGGAAACCCAAGCCGCUUCCAUUCUACGUGGAUACUCCUGGCCAUAAAGAAGCUGAAUGGCGGAAGCAUCCUUUCCGGAACCACGAAGAAGUGAUGAUCCGUCUGCUUGCUGACGGAGUCGUGCCGCGGUGGACUCGUGACGAUCGACGAAAGUGGUCAGAGGAGCGGCAUGAGAAGGCGUUGGCUGGUCUAGAACAAAUGCCGAGGGGAAUCGGGUUGUCAGAUGUUGUAUCAAAAUCUGAAUAG